AUGAAAUCAGCAACUGCAAAUCCUCCUCAGACAACGUGUGAUGCGGCGUCUAAGGGGUAUCAUGUAUGUGAAUGCUACGGUCACACGCAAGAUCUGCCAGAGUACAAAAAACUCGCUGUUCCACGCACACUUCAAGGAUUUCAUGCAAAGGAAGGUGGUGGUUGUCCGUGUAUUCCCAAAACAAAGGAAAAAGGUAUGAAUACUCUAUACUGCAGUAGCAAUCCUGCCACUUGUGAGCGAAUAAAACCGACAGAAACAUACCGUGCAUACAGUCCUGGGAAGCACAAGGUACAUCUUGCUGAUGAAGUUUGUGAAGAAACCACCGCCAUACGUGAUCCAGCUACAGGUACUCGUUUGGUAUUUCCAAACUCACGCAACUACGGCGGUACAGCAACUCAGCGUAAGUUUCGGGCCAUUGGAGAUCCGAAAGAAAAGACACAAAAGGAGAAACGCUAUGAGCGAAUGCAAGAUCGUAAAGAGUUUCUUAAAGCUGUCCUCCGUGAUGAGAUACGUGAUCUCCUCGCUGCUGAGGAAGAACGUGAAUCAUUGGAGCUUCAAACUGGACUUCGUGGCAGUCGGCAUGUGCAAAUGUUAACGUAUGCUACCACUAAAGAUUCUCAAAAGCGUGGUGGUGAAGAUGAUGAUGAGAUUAAAACAGUUUCUGAACAGUAUGAUGAAGUGUUGGAAGAGCUACGAUAUGUAACAAAACAACCUGUGGGGUCAAAGGUAAACAUCAUACGUCUUCAUUACCUACUUGAGGAACAGGAAAGACUACAGCACCUGCGUGAACAAGAGAAAAAGAAGCAAACUUUGUCCAGUCUCAAAACAACAAAGAUUUAA